AUGUUUUUCCCAGUGAGACCUAACAGCGUAAAGAGUCGCAAACCCAAGUCCUCCUCCACUACUUCCAAUAAACAAUCCCAACCAUCAAAAAAGCGUGCGUCUCAAGGACGGACCACCUCCCGCACGUCAACCAAGGAAACCGAGCCUGAAGAAUCCACGGCUCGCUCCUCCACUUCCUCGACCUCCCACAGCGCUGCCCCACGACGGUCCUCUAUGCCAGGCCUCGACGCCGCAAGUCGAGCGGGAACAGCCUCGUUCCUGGAAUCGAGGUCCAGCCUUCCAUACCCUUCCUUCUCCAAAGCGCAUAGCAAAGAAGAUGUCCGCCACCGUGACAUCCCUACCCCAGACCCGACCGACCUGACCGCUCCGAAGGAAAAUGGACCCAGCCACAACCACACUGAGAAUCAUCAUGCCCCUCCCAGUCCACCCUUGACUGGUCUCGACCAGGAAUCAUCUCAGAAGGGUAGUACGGUCGGAAAGCAAGAUGACAAAGAGGCGGAAAAGCCCAAGGCGAAGAAGGCGAGCAUAAAGAUCCGGACCGAGGUGAACAGAUCGUCAUCGAGCCUUCGAUCGAAGAGAGAUGAUUCAUCCAAGUCCAGCAAGACGGCGCGGGCAGAUACGCCAAAGUCGAAAUCGUCCAGGUCUGACAAGGAAGCUUCGUCGCCUCGUACCAGUCACAAACCACCCAAGACGAAACUCUCCGAUGAGAAGAAGCUACCUAAACGAUCGAGUCGCUCGACGAUGUCGCCCUCACAGUCAACAGUUCGUGAUGUCGGGACAGAAUCGGCCAAUGGAUCAGACGCUACCUCCAUUGCUCCGAAUCAACAAUACACUGCUCCACGAAAACCAAUGACCCCACCGACGAAGCCUCCCUCGCGCAAUCAGACCCGAUCGGCCGUCUCACACCGCCAUACUCCCAGUGAUGACUCGAUUGAUUAUGGGAGACCUGUAAUGCCCGGUCAGGGAUUCGGUGCGCCACCUCCGCCUCCACCUCCACCGCAGGUGCCUAUUACCAUCCCGAGGGUCGACUACCUUCUUCAAAAUGGAGGUCUAGAUCAUCGGGUGCCGCGAACACUGCUUCCUGAGCCUGCGACCCCCGAUCCUUUCUCGCAAUCGGCCAGUCAGCCUCAGCUGGCAGCUGCUAAGGUUUUCGAUCCGUUCAGUCACCUGCUGGAUGAUUACCAAAAGGUCAUGAGCAAGAACGGAUCUCUGGCCGUUGCGACUGGAUAUCGAUCAGUCGCACGCCGAUUGCUGGAUCGUCUGGAGGCUGUUUUCGCACGUGACAUAUCAUCAGAGCCAUGUAACUGUCUUAUGUGUGACCGUGAUGAUAUGGAGGUCCGUCCAGAGGGUUUGCCCAUGUGGCCGCCGUUCAUGAUGGUUGCCUCCACUGUGGAUGCGGGUUCGCCUGGCGAAGAGCACAUUCCCAUGCAGAAGCUUGAUGUCGACGUCCCCGAAGAAUAUCGCGAGCACUUCAUCCGCCAAUCUCGCAAGACCAAGGUCGCAGUGGACAAAUGGCUUUCCGAACAGCCGGAUUCAGCGAGCAGUGCGCCCGAAGAAGUAGAUGAUGAAACAUUGACUUUUGCGAUGCUCACACAUCUUGAACCUCAUCAACGCUCCGUGUUUUGUGCUCUCCUCGGUAUCAAUUCCUCGACUCCCGUGCCUCGCUCAGAUGACGAAAAGCCUCGACCCCGACCGUCGCCACUUGUAUCUUCGUCGCAGGCCAUUCAGCGACUAUACCGUCUUCCUUCUCUCCCACGCGACCCGGAAACAGCCAUGUAUAUGCUGAACAACCCGGGUCUGCAUCAUGUCUUGGCAACCCUUGCUGCCAUCACUGACGACGAGUGGGAGAUUCUGAUAUCCGGCCGAUUUGACGGGUUCCUCCGCAGUGGUAUCGAAGAUACUGUCCCGCCUAGCAAUGCCCGCUGGAGCGGCAGCCGCUCCAACACCCCGUUCAGCGCUGCAGGAACCUCGCGCGGACCGACACCCAGCUACAUGGACGGCAGCUUCCGGCCAGUAAGCCAACCCAACGGUGGUCCGACUUCUCCUGCUUCCUUUGGAGGUCCGAUCGCCUUAGACGAGGAAACGGAAAUCGCCGCGCUAGCUGAAAUCGAACGGGACAUCUUCCUCGGGAUGGAAGCUCUGGAAGAUGCCUUCGAAGCACUCCAUCUCAAAGCAGAGGUUGUCCGCCGUGCACUGCGCGAACGUGGUGCCGGCCUCUCAGUCGCCAACCAAAGCCGACGUGGCUCCUAUGUGGAAGCGCGUCUGGGAACUCCGGCCUCAAUAAACACUUGGGAAAGCGGCACAGAAGAUGACUUCCUAGAUGACGACCGGUCCCUGGCUCCAGAUGACUCCGCCAGCAAUAUUAGCUCGAAUCGCCGGCGCCGACCUAAAAGACGCACCGAGCGCCGCACCCCAGCUCCCGUAGAGGAAGAAGACGAGGACGAGGACGUGGUGCACGUUAGUCGCCGCGACAGCCGAAACUCACGACGGAGAUAG